AUGAAUAAGAUCAGAACGACAGACUUGAUUCCCAAGAGGAAACGGCAGAAGGGGAUGCAGUCUUCAGUUCCUCUGAGCAGCUACCAAAUACAGUUCAAUGACAUCACUAUUUUUAUUGUGGAGAGAAAAAUGGGAGCCAGCAGGAGAAUGUUCCUGAUGGAUCUAGCAAGAAGAAAAGGCUUCAGGGUAGAAAAUGAGCUAAGUGAUUCUGUCACCCAUGUUGUGGCUGAGAAUAAUUCUUGCAGUGAAAUCUUGAAAUGGCUGCAAAUCCACCAGGUGGAGAGUGGUUCAAGAUUCCAGCUCCUUGAUGCUGCGUGGCUGACAGCUUGCAUGGAGGCAGGAAGGCCGGUGGAUUCAGAGAAAUAUCAGCUUCUUGUAAGUCAAAUUAGAAAGUUUCCCACAUUAUACCUGCCAUAUCGCACUGUUGGCUCAUAUUCAGCUUAUGCUGUCUCCCAAUAUGCCUGUCAAAGGAGAACAACCUUAAAUAAUUACAACAAAAAAUUCACGGAUGCCUUUGAAAUACUGGCUGAAAACUAUGAGUUUAGGGAAAACAAAGGGGCUUGCCUUGCAUUUAGGAGAGCUGCUUCAGUGUUGAAGUGUCUUCCAUUUACUAUAGUUCGAGUAAAUGAUGUUGAAGGACAGCCCUGGAUGGGAGAACAGAUCAAAGGAGUCAUUGAGGAUAUACUAGAAGAAAGUGAGAGUUCUAGAGUGAAUGAUGUGCUGAAUAAUGAAAACUACAGAUUAAGUAAACUCUUUACUUCUGUUUUUGGAGUGGGACUGAAGACAUCUGAAAAGUGGUACAGGAUGGGUUUACGGACUCUGGAAGAAGUAAAAUGUGAUGCUAACCUGAAACUGACAAGAAUGCAAAGAGCAGGGUUACUGCACUAUGAAGACCUUGUUAGCUGUGUGUCUAAGGCAGAAGCGGAUUCAGCAAGCCUGGUUGUGAAGGAUACUGUGUGGAGAUUUUCCCCCAAUGCUUUAGUAACUUUGACUGGUGGUUUCAGGAGAGGCAAGAAGACUGGACAUGAUGUAGACUUUUUGAUUACUGUUCCGGGAUCAAGGCAGGAAGAAGAACUGUUGCACUUAGUGAUUGACUUUUGGAAAAAGCAGGGACUGCUCUUAUACUACGAUCUUAUUGAAUCAACGUUUGAAAAGACAAAGCGGCCCAGCAGAAAUGUCGAUGCUUUAGAUCAUUUUCAGAAAUGCUUUGCAAUUUUAAAAUUAAACAAGGAAAGGGUGGGCCCUGGCAGUUCCAUUAAAUCAGUUGCUUCUGCUGAGGAAGAAAUGAAAGACUGGAAAGCAAUUCGUGUAGACCUGGUUGUAAGCCCCUUUGAACAAUAUGCAUAUGCUCUGUUAGGAUGGACCGGAUCUAGGCAAUUUGAGCGUGACCUGCGGAGAUAUGCCACCCAUGAAAAGAAAAUGAUGUUGGAUAACCACGCUUUAUAUGAUAAAACUAAGAAAAUGUUCCUGAAUGCUGCAAGCGAGGAAGAAAUUUUUGCACACCUUGGCUUGGAUUACAUUGAACCAUGGGAAAGAAAUGCAUAG